UUUCGGUUUCAAAACACCUAUAUUACUAACACAAUGCAUAUAAAACCAAGAAAAUUUUUCCACCUGGGUAAAAUUCCGUCAUAUCACCUAUACUCCGAUUCGACACUCAAAUCUACUCCUUCUUACCUAAACUCUCUUUUAAGCUUUAUCGAACCAACCUACUGCUCUGAGACCCCGCUUGAACAUCCUCCUUCACUUUCGUGUCCUUUUGACUGGAUUACUGUGUCUGUGCUUUUUACCGUCGGUGUUGUCCAUUCAAUUGUUCUUGGUGUUAUUUUGUAUUUUGUUGUUCGUUUUAACCGAUAUUUACGUCGUCAUGUGCCCUUGACGACAAUUCCAUUUACUGCUGCUCGACGACUUCGAACCGUUGGUACCCGGGCCCCGAUGGAAGAAGUUUCACUCGAAUGGGCCAAUAAUUAA